CCUCCCUCUACAAUAAUUAUUUAAAAAUUUAAUUCCAUAAAUCUAUUUACUAACAAUAAUUCGUUCAUGUAACCGAUACUUAUUGUAGAGUUUUCACAUUAUGCUUGAUGGAGUAUAUCUAAAACAAUUUGAUGAUAAAAAAUUUCAUCAGUUCGGGCUGAUAAAUUAAUUUUUAAAUAGAAUUCUAAAUACAGCAUCGAUUUAAAUUGGAUCAUAGUAAAAUGAGUUCCUAUUGGAAUAUAAGCCAAUGAAUGAAGUGAAUAUGGUUUUCCUAGAGCCAGAUGGCGAAGAAGAAAGGAAGAGUUAUGAGAUGGGAUUUCAAGGAUACAGUUUUCGGAAGAAGUUGUGGGAGUCGCAUUUCAUGUGGGUAGCGUCUGCAAUUCCACAGACAGCCAUGCAGCUGGUAUCCGGAACGCCAGGUCGUUGUUCGAUUACGAAGCCAGUCAGGGGAGAGGAAUGAAAAUAGUCGAUAUAGGCGGAGGAUUUCUGAGUGAAAAAACAAAGGAUAUUGAUAAGGUAUCCCAGCUAAUAAACACAUCAUUAGAAGAGUUUUUCCCCGACAAAAACGUGAAAAUAAUUGCGGAGCCAGGAAGAUAUGUCUGCGAUUCCUCUAUGACUUUAUACUGCAGCAUUAAUUCUGUUAAGAGGAUUAAAAAGGAUAACGAAUAUAUAAACAUGAUAUAUUUAAAUGAUGGUAUAUAUGGAACGCUGCAAUUUGCUGAAUCUUGGCAGACCGUCAGUAAGUUUCAAAAACAAAAAAGCACAAAUACAGAAGAAGUAAGAGAAAAGACUAUCCUAUGGGGCUACAGCUUAGAUUCAACAGACCGCGUGAUGAAGGAUCUAACAGUUCUAUUACCGAGAUGCAGUCCACUUGACUGGCUGGUCUUUCCAAUCCGUGGGGCCUACUCGAUCGUCUUUUGUUCGACUUUCGGAUGUUUCCAGCAGCCCCAGAUACGGCCAGUGGUUUCAAAAGAGCUAUGGUUAAAGAUCAAGGAUAGCCGGGCAUACCAGGGAAGUGACUUUAUUGAAAAUCCCGACAUUUCAGAACCAUUUUCAUCCUCCAUACCACCUUUGGUCACUACAACGUCUUACAUAGAAUCAACAGCUUCAUUGCCUCUGUAAUACGGCAUGAAGCUUUAUUAUUAAUAACGGAAUAAUUAUAUAUUUAUUUAUUACUUAUGUUACAGCUAACCCAUAUCCAUAUUAUAAAAUAAAUGUUAGAACUGUAUUGUAGACGAUACACAAAGCCGAAAGAGAUUAUAUUGAGAAACAGAAUAUAAAAACAGAAAAAAGGUAAAAAAAGGUCAAAAUAAAAAGAAAGAUUAGUCGACAUCACAGGAGACAAGAGCUGGCACCUA